CACACUGAGAUGGCAUGAUACCAAUCACAAGUGAACACUGAAAUGCAGAUUAGAGGGCGCUGUGGACUCCAAACGUGAUGGCCAGUUUGCGCCUGUGGUUGCAGCUGAAUGGGUCACCACUGAGAUGAGUGUGCCAUGCCGUAGUUGCCUUGCGGCCUAACACAGCUUGCCGUCGUCGCCGUCGUCACUGUUGCUCGGCUGCAGAAUGGAGGAGCUGUUCAGAAGCCUGAUACGAUUGAACACGGCUGUUCAGCGCGACACUGAGCAACUGACAGAGGUCACCUACCUACUGACACAGACACUGGCUUCUACCGAUAAAUCUACAGUAGAUAUUGCAUCCGUCUAUGCCCGUAACCUUGAUGUGCUUCUGUUUACCUUAGAGAGUGCGCGAGAGCUCGUCAUCGUGAAGAAUGUAGUAACGAUCCUGCACCACAUGCUGUGCGUCAAACCACGUAUAGGGGGCGCUGUCAGCAAGGUGAGCUUGCGAAGUGCGUCGCGAUGUUUGCUGAAAGUGUUGGUGUAUCUUGUCAAUGAACUAGAGCCAAUCAAAAUAGAGCUAUUGAGCACCAUGUACGUUAUCAUCACGAAGCUUUCUGUUGUUGAUAAGAAGCUGCCAGUGAAGGCAAGACUGCAAGGUGCCCUCCCAGUGACAGUAAAGGUGAUGCUGCUGCCCUCUGUCAAUGUAAAGCUUCUACUGCCUCUCGUCAAAGUUCUCAGGAUAUUUGCCGCAAGCUCGGUGAACGUAGCUGAGCUUGGCCGGAGUGGGGCAGUGGUGGCGCUCGUGCAGCUGAUACAGGGCAUGGGCAGGAAACACCCGACCCUGCAGCAGAUCAGCCUAGAGGUGCUCAUGAUGCUCUUAAAGUCUAAAAAGAAUUUACGUCGCGCGGUGGCGGCCGGCAUACCGAAGGCGUUGCUCGACUUUUUCCUGGACUGGCAGGGGCAGGAUAGCCGCAGCAAACACAUCAAAGAGCAGAACUGCUUGCUCACCAUGCUGAAGCAGUUUUCUGUCAACAAGCCAGGCAGGAGGGCGCUCGUGGAGGCCGGAGUCGUGCCACGUCUGUACGCGGCCUGCCAGCGCAUGUCCGCUGCCCGCGCUGAGCUGAUGCCCACAGCCAGCGUCGUGCUGCGCAAGUGUCUGCCCUGCAACCGCCUGCCCCUCCACGGCACCGAAACCAGCAUCUAUACGUUCAGCUUGCCCGUGAUCGAGCACGAUCCCGACUGCUGCUGCUACGCGACAGGAGAAGAUGUGGAUGAGGAGAGCAGUAAGCAGAGCCAGGGGUUGCUGGCACAGCCCGAUCUCACAGUAGACGUCGCGCAGACAUGUCGGCUGAGCUGUGACAUGCUGGACAGCAGCAGCACCGAGGAGUUCUUCCCGGAGCUGCACGACUUCCCCAGCGUGACGCUAGUGACGGACAUCUCCGGCCUGUGUGGACAGGUGAAGGGCGCCUCCUUGAAUGGCAGCAGCGGAGCGCACUCCGAGUCUGCGUUCGUGGCGAACGCCGCCGAGGCGACGGCGGGCUGCGACGCGACUGGCGCUGCCACCGCGGGGUCGUGCGGAUCUAACAACGUGCAGGACGGCAAAGAAGACCAGGGCAGCAGCGCGGAACCGGGUUCCACGGAGGGCUGGUGCAGAGAGUUGCCGGCACCCAGUGCUGACUACUGUGACGAAGCUCUAAGGAGCUAUCACUCGGCCUACCUAGCAUGCGCCAGCCGGACGGCGUCCGUGGGGCGAUGGAACACCGUUCCGUAUCCGGACCUCUGUCCCGUGUGGACGGCGCCGAUUCAGUACGAACAUCUGUCGCAGAACACGGACGACGUGAAGAGGCGUAAGCUUUUAGAGGACAUCAGCAGGACAGUUCACCCAGCAUCUGUCAUGGACAAGCUUGUAUACAGUCUGGACGACGUGGCUGAACACACAGCCAGUGCCCGCAGGAGCAACUCCCUAACCAACACCGACGAGUUCCAGACAGACGGCGAGUAUCCACCAUCAGCCGACCAUCUGCUGUUCAACUCACAGUUUGAGAGUGGCAACCUGAGAAUGGCAAUACAGGUGCGUCCGUACGAGUAUGACUUGGUGCUGGGAUCAGACAUCAACAGUAACAGGCACCUGCAGUGGUUUUACUUCAGUGUCAGUCAGAUGGAGGCAGCUGCACCGUACAGGUUCAACAUUGUCAACUGUGAGAAGAGCAACAGCCAGUUCAACUUUGGCAUGCAACCGGUGCUGUUCUCGGUGAGGGAGGCGGCCCUGAGCAGGGUAGGCUGGGUGCGCGCGGGCACCGACAUCUGCUACUACAAGAACCACUUCACGCACAUGCCGACGUCCGGCAGCGGUUGCCAAACCAAGCUGCACUACACGGCGACCUUCACGCUGACCUUCCCGCAUCCCGGCGACGUGUGCUACGUUGCUUACCACUACCCCUACACCUACAGUCUGCUGCAGACUCAUCUACAGCAGUGGGAGGCCGUGGCCAGUCGUGCAGACGUUUACUUCAGAAGGCAGGUCCUGUGCCGCACUCUAGCGGGAAACGACACCCACGUUGUCACCAUCACCGAAUCGAGCCAAGAAAUAUGUCCAGCUGAUAGUCGUAAGUAUGUGAUGCUGAGUGGGCGGGUACAUCCCGGGGAGUCGAACGCCAGCUGGAUGAUGAAGGGGACGAUCGAUUACCUGCUCAGUCCUCAGGCGGCACCUAUCCGGCAAAUGUACAUCUUCAAAAUAGUUCCCAUGCUCAAUCCGGACGGAGUCAUCAACGGAAAUCACAGAUGUUCGCUGACCGGGGAAGACUUGAACAGAAAGUGGUCGAACCCGUGCCCGGUGCUGCACCCUACCGUCUACCACACGAAGCAGCUCGCACGCUUCAUGGUGGCCUCUGGCAAGCCUCCGCUCGUCUUCUGCGACUAUCACGGACACUCGCGCAAGAAGAACGUCUUCUUGUUCGGAUGCAGCGGGCGAGAUUCGUGGCGAGACGAGGAUGCGAUAAACUGCGCCGAUGACAAAUCUUACUUGUCGCUGCCCGUGCUUCUACACCAGAGGGCGCCGUCGUUUAAUCUCGGGGACUGCAGCUUCAGCAUUGAGGACAACAAGGAGACGACAGCUCGCGUCGUCAUGUGGCGAGAGAUGGGCAUCUCACGCAGUUACACGAUGGAGAGCACCUACUGUGGAUGUGACCAAGGACUUUACCAGGGCUACCACGUGGGCGUGCGGGAGCUGGAGGAGAUGGGAGCGAAGCUGUGCGAAGUGCUGGAGCAGCUUCCGCACGCGCUCGGCACCAACGACCACCUGCUCAGCAAGACUCUCAACAUCCUCGACAGCGAAGACACUCUGUCGGAGGAAGAUGGCGCCAGCGGGGACGAGUUGUCAUCCGUCGGGAGUGACGUCACGGAGAGGACCGCGGAUAUGGACAGACAGGAGGCGUCGACGUCGACGCAGUGAUAGCGAGUGUAUGGCGUGAGUGGAGCAGCUGGAGUGGGUUGGGUGAUAGCGCAGAGCAGAUGGACGGGGUUGGCUGGUGAGAGAGACAGAGGUGCUACGAAGGCGUGCGUGUCUUGAGGGUUGCAGCGCACGUUGCGAGUUGGCGUUGACGUUAUUUAUUCCUGCACAUUUAUUUGUUUACGCUGUGGGUGCGGUGGAUCAAUCUAUACAGGGACCACUGGUGGUCGUAGGCACAGCAGCACGUGUAUAGCUAUGACCAGAGUAACGAUAAAGACUUAUCUUUAAAGGAAACACUUCGUUUUAUUAAUCACAGAUGUUUAUUGUGGGUAGAGAGAGAGCGUGUCUGGUCCGUCCAAUGAAUAUUACUGUCAAAUGGGCGAUGGUAAUAUUGCAAAUGUGUAAAAUUGUAUAUGAACAUAGUGUUGGCUAUAUAUUGUUAUACUAAUGAUUCGUAUUCUGUAUUACUGUAUACAUUUAUCCUGCAUAAUAUAGUCACGCAGGAAUGAUUGAUACAUACGUGUCGUAACGUCAACCGUAUUCAUAUGACGUGUCUGUAUCGUUUUUUUUAAUUGUUUAUUUAUUUAUUUAUUUAGGCAAUUAUCCAUCAUAUACAAUACAUAGCAUACUUUUACAAUAAAAUUCUGAAUUCAUAAAAUUGGAUAACUACCAAGGAUAUAUGCACAAAAAGCAUGACUAGCACACUUAUUUACAUUGUGGUCCUGGGAACGAUCUCCGGUUACCGGUUAGCGGUUACUGGUUAACGUUACCAGUUCACAUUGUAUUGUAAAAACAGAGUUAACACUCGAAAUACAAAUAAAUCGUAUUAUAGAACCAUGAGUAAAUAACCUCUUUGAGAUUGUUUACCCCUGAUAUAACCAAUUAUAUAUUUUAUUCGACAUGUGCUCACUUUGCUGUUUUUCGUUUCUAUAUUUAUUUAACGUUUUUUCAGCUUAACGUUUUAUUAUUCAUUUUGAAGCGUUACAGUAUUAUACAACGUGUGUUAUGUUGCGUAUGCGUGUGCGUGUGCGUGCGAGUAUAUAUAUAUAUAUUGUGUGAUUAUUCAUAAUUUAUUCUUUGGCCCACGUGUCUUUUCAACUUAACGGUAGUUACGAAUAUACGGUGUUGAAAGUUCAUGCAUGUCUUAUAGUCGUGAAGUAAUAUAUUGUCUACGUAUAUUUUUGUCCACGAUGAUUAAAUUGCAAUUUUCCUUUACAAAAUAAA